AUGGAUUACAGUUUAACAGCGCUGAAAUUCGCUGUGACGCUUGAAAAGCGACGUGGCAGCAAGCCUUUGCUCUCAGCGGCAUUCUCUUCCAACACGCCUAUGUAUAUUUUUUUUGAUGACUCAGCCGAAUUGCGGGGCGUUCUAGUCUCUACAUUGUCGUCCUCCGGCGGCGGAUGCUUUCUCCUAGACGAUGGCACCUGUAUUAUUGAGCUACUCCUCUCCGGCGACUUCGGUAGUCGCAAUUGGGAAACAGGGAUGUAUGUGACGGUGAUUGGAGUUCAUUUUGUCCAUGGUGGUGAUAAUUCCGUGGUCAAGGUUCACAAAAUGGUUGAUCUUUCUCCCUUUCCAGAAAGGGAGUCUGUGGUACCUUGA